CCCGCUACUAGCUAGCGGGAAAACAGCGUAUAGUUUAGUAUAGGUCCAUUUAGGUGAAUAUGAACUCUCAUUGGCUAUUUGGAUCUUGAUAACCUGAUAGGCAGCAAUGUAUAGCUUCACUAGCCCAAAGCUGUUAACAGGUGGGUCGCUAUCUACCGACGGUGACAAGGUCUUUUCAGAGGCCAGCCUGCGGUGCACGCUGCCCGGUCCACUUGCUGCGGUCGACCACUCUCUUAGUUCAACUUUCGGAGCCCGCUCAAGUAUGAGAAUACCUGCAGGAAGACCGCCCGGAGUCAAGCCAAACAAUCAGUCAUUCAGGAGAAAGUGCCUUGGAAUUCAGGACAGUUCAAGGAACGGAAAAACACUGGAUUACAACUGUAUAUUAGAGGGGUCAACUUUCAUAGGGAGAGCUGGCACCUCUUUAGCCAGAUUGGAUUCAGAUAACAAUGGCGAGACUCCCGCCUGUGGGAGACACUUUCUGUUUGAUAAGAAGUGGAAAAAUGACGACAUGUGUCCCAAGUAUGAAUUAAAAGACGAGAGGUUCCUGAGAUCCAGUGGGGCUAUCCCCCCCCUGCCACGGGACUACCAGGUGCACAGGUCUGGCAACCUCAACCGAUACUCCUGCCUCAAGGAGAGGUCCCUCGGCCCCAGUCGGCCCCUCACCCUUGGAUGCUAUGAGGGAUAUGAUCUUACUUCUGGUCCAGCCAUUUUAUUACCAUCUGCCAUCUCACUGACUGGGAGACACUCAUUAUCCAUUGAUGGCUGCAAACACAGACCAAGAGUCGGAAAUCGAACUUGCAGCUUAUUCACCAUAGGAGCUCAUCAGAAAAGUGUUCUCUCUGUGUGUCUACCAGCCCAGACAUACCCAGACCCAGUGAGCGGAGCAUCCGCCUCGUUUAUCCAGCGCCUGUCAGAGAUCUCCUAUCUGGAGGGGGAGACGAUCCGACAAGAGAAGAUCAAGAAGCUGAAGAAAAGCAGAAAACAGGAUUCCUGACCCGAACACACACACAGUGGGUCAGGUGUCAUUCUGAACCCACACUCAGUGCCAAAGCCCUGUGAACAAAAUAAAACAACUUCUAGGAAACCAAGGUGGUUGUUUUGCUGUUGUAGCUAAUGUACCUUUAAUAGGUUGUUGCUGCCAUGAUUUAUGAGUAUGCUGUUCAAGGUUGAAAAUGGAUUCCAGGACAGUUUUUCUUUUGUGUCUGGUCAUCUGUCUUCCGUUGAUUACAUGACAUGAAAUGAUCAACUCUGUGAUGAGGUGAACUCUUUCGGUUAAGUGUUACUACAUACUUUAAUGUAUGGUUUGGUUUGGUCAGUGUUGAUUUAACAUUUUUUAAAUGUUGACUAGUGUUUUCUGUAAUGUCAGAUAGUAUUGGGACAAACAAUUGAGUUUUUGAAUAGAAUUAACUUACAAAAGAAGUAUAGCUUCAAAUGUUGUUUUUUUUGUUCAGAAAUUAAGUAGUGCAUGUGAAAGUGUCAUGUCCAAAGUCUUCCUGAAAAUAAAUUAUGUAUUUU